UGAAGGACAAUCAACAAUAAUCAGGAACUUUAAGGGAUAUCCUAACUAUGAACCAUGUCUUACAUGCUUAAGGAAAAUGGAAGCGAAAGAAGACGUCUUCUUGAUGAUGAAUGCACUCUCCAGACAACCCCUGUGGCCGAUGCCCAAUCACAGAACAAGGACUAUGUGGUUUACAAAGAGAGAUGGUAUAUUCUCAUACUUUUCUCAGUGACAGCCCUCCUGUAUUUGUGUACUUGGAAUACAUGGGGACCUAUAGAGAACACAGCAUCCAUCGUUUUGCAAUGGGGUCCAGGGCAGUUUGCGCUGCUGGCUAAUUGGGGACCCUUUUCAUUCCUCCCUUCAGCAUUACUAUUUUCAUGGCUGCUUCAUGCAAAGGGACUCCGUGUGUCGCUUCUAGUCUCUGGUGGACUUCUCGUUAUGGGAUGUGGUAUAAGGUGUAUUCCAGCACCAGUCUGUAUGAUGAAAUGGACAAUGAACAUUGGGCACAUAUUUAUAGGAUUGUCUGGGCCAGUUCUGAUGUCAGCAGUCACAGCCAUAUCUGCAACUUGGUUUCCAACAAAUGAACGUACCACUGCCACUGCCAUAGCAGCAACAGCUCCAUACAUUGGCCUUGCAGGCUCCUUUAUCAUUGGACCACUCAUUGUGACAGAAAUCCAUAGUCCAACUACAGGAUCCCCACUUACUACUAGUGGAAAUCAUUCUGAUGAAUAUUACAUAGAUGAGGAUGAAAUACAAAAGCAUCUUCAGGAAAUUCGAAAUCUUAUGUAUAUUGAAUUUGGAGUAAUUGCUGCAGUCUAUUUAUUAACUUUGGUUCGCUUUCCUGCAAAACCUCUUACCCCACCAUCGGCUUCAGCUGUGAGAGAGAGAGAAGAUAUGAAAGCUGGAAUUAUUGCUUUACUCAAGAAAGUAUCAUUCUGGAUUCCAGCUCUUGCCUAUGCCUGUAUUACUGGAGUGUUUUACGGUUGGACAGCGCAGCUAGGAGCCAUAUUCGGUGAUAAAGUCAGCCAAACAUCAUCAGGUUGGAUGGGUUUUUACACCAAUUUGGCAUCACUGGUUGGAGGGGCGAUUACUGGCAGGUUUGCAGAUCAUUUUGCUGGAAAGAUGAAACCCAUCCUACUGUUCCUCAUCCUAAUAUCUUCAUUUUGCCUAACAUGGGCUAUUCUUAUUGUUAAUGAAUAUAUCAAUUUCAACCUAGAUUGCCUAUAUGCCGCUGUUGUUUUAUUUGGGUUGUUCCUCAACUCCACCAUACCACUUUUUCUUGAGAUAACUGUUGAGGGCGCAUUCCCCAUUGGUGAAGAAACAACCACCAUUCUCAUGACUAUGUUGAAUAAUGUGACUACCCUAGGUUUUCUCAUUCUACCAAUGAUCCCAUCAAUAGUUGACUUUGCUUGGCUGAACUGGGUGAUGUUGGGAUCUGUGGUUAUCUGUAUUCCCCUAAUGGCCUUCUACAAAGAGCACUAUAACCGACUUCAUUUUGAUGCCAGACAUCCAGUCAAUGACAGCAAUUUACAAGAAAAAUAGAAGGUUCUAAUCCGGCAUUUCUGCAGCUCUUGUGGCGUCCACUAUGAACUGUUUUAACAGCACUUCAGUUGACCGUUUAGUUAUAAUAAUUCUUUCCUAUAUAUAAACGCAUGUAUUUUCUUCGUUUCCAAGGGGGAUCCACACUUUACAAGCUUUGCUUUUUAGUGGACCUCCUCAUUUCCAAUUAUGCUCAAUAUUAUACUUUUUUUACGAAGUAAGAAUGCUCUUCUGUAAAAUUGUACUUGAUUUGUAUUACUUUAUAAUACUUUGUAUUGUUUUGAAUCGAAAUGGAAUAAAUAAUUGAAUUGACCGUCUAUCCCCUCAUAAUACAGUGUUAUUUUGUUUUAAGAGCAAUAUCUACUUAACAUUCAUAGUAAUUCCAAUGUUAAGAGUAAUAAACCCUUUUUGCACAUUAAAUUGGGGACAAAUUUGAUGUAUUACUAUGAACUACAGGAUAAAUAUGAGAGGGUGACAUGAUCGGUUUUCUUGGUAUUGAAUACUGAUCAGAAUGGGCAUUAUAAGUGAUAUCUCGGCAUUAUGCGUUUCAUAUUUCUAUCGCU